AUGGCGUCAUGGGAUCCUGGAAGUUAUGUUGCUGAGGCCUUGUCUCGGCGUAUAAGAGCGUUUGCAAGACAAGAAAAAUAUAAUAGCGCCCCCUCCUAUUACGAUGCGGUCACUAACUCUCUUCAAGCACAUGAAGAUUCCAAAUGCGCCGCUGCAGUUGUAGAGAGGCAAUUGCAGCAAAAUGUGGUGAUUGACGUCGAUGUUUGGGGAAAGCCUUUCACCCUUGUCGUAAAUCCACGGGAUGUAAGAGGUCUGUUAGCUGCAAAGAAGUCAGUGGAGACCAUUAUAGAAGAUUCUGUAAAGGUUACUGAGACGAUAUCUUUGGAGCUUUGGAAUUUAAAUGGAAAGGCGGGUGCGAUUACGGUGUCUGAAGAACUCUUUGGGAUUUUAAAUCACGUUCGGGAGAUGAACUUGUUGACUGGUAAUCGAUUUGAUCCCACCUCAGAGGGGAGACGAGUAUCUUCAUGUGCGCAACAAGAACCAAGUAUUGUGAGUGAGCUGGUAGUUUCCGACGGUUUUAAAAUUCACUGGCCAAAGGGAAUGUCACUAUGCAUUGAUGAGUACAUGAAGGCCUGGUUUGUCGAUCAUGUUACUAUUCAACUAAACACAAUGAAUGAGUUUGUAGGUUUCUUGGCCAGCUAUGAAGGCUUCGCGAGGGCAUUUGGUCAUCCACGGGAUAGUGAGGUGUGGAAAAGCGGUAUAUGUGGAACUAGUGUUAACAACGAAAAACGGUAUAUUACCAGUUUGGAGCUUUCUGAAGAGAAGAGCGCUAUUGCAACACAAAUUGCGCCUCGGUGUUUUCAUGAUCCGUUUGGUCUGCGGUCUUCUACCGCAAUCUGCCGAACGACAACUACAGCGUAUUGUCUUUCCAGAACUAUGGCCGAGAGCGGUGACAAUGAAUCGGCUUUAGUAUUUGUACACGAAUGGCGCAGCAAUCACACUCCAGAUAGCAAGGAGGCCCUUUUUUCAUUCUUGUUUAUCAACAGUGAUGAGAAAUAUAUUUCGGAUUUAACAGACGCCACCGUCGGUGAAAAUGAUCAUCUUCGACUUCAUCUUUAUGACAACAAAACACACGCAUCACAGGCACACCAACAAAUUGAGAGAAAAAUGAGCUACGAAGAGUGUGCUAGAAAGGCCUUAUUGCGAAGUAAUUGUUCUGAUGGGUUUCAUUGCAUGACAGCAGAACGUGACGGCACGUUGGAAAAAGAAAUUAAAAAAUGUUUUUCAAGACUUCCAUCGCCAUGUGUUGUGGCUUCUUAUGUUGAUUCUAUGGAGCAUGUAUGUGUAAGUCCUGUAUUUUGUAUGGGGUUUUUUGAAGGUGAUGAGAAAUGCACGCUUUGUCUGGCCCAGACUUCACCUUUAUAUAAUCAUGUGUAUGCGAUUGGAGCACGGGUAACUUUAAACAUUUUCCAUUCAAACGGAGAUGUAAUAUAUGAUAAUAUACAAGAAGAAUAUCCAUUUUGGAUAAAUCAAGCUGAAAAUGCUGCAUGUUUUUUUGAAUAUCAGGGAGGGCGUUAUGUGACUACAAAUGUCCUCAAGAAAGAAUGUACGCAAGCUGUUUUUAUAACAAUGGAAUCCCUCUUGCUUGGAGACCAACUUUUUGUAAUAGGACGAGUCUUGUGUGACACGCCGCGUAAUGUUUUGUUUAAGAAGGGAAGUCUAUUUUACUCUACUGAUUUAUCUUUAUGCGAACAAAUAAAUCCUGUUUUAUUUACAACAGUACAUAAAUUUUACGGAACUGUGGGCCUGAUUGGACAUGGAUGUCAUUUAUGUACUUUGUGCCCACCCAUCGUGGUUCUUUAUUGCCCUCUUGAGUCCACUGGUUUCGUCUUGGAUGAAAAAAAUUCUGGAAACGUUUGCAAUAUUACCUUUCCCUCAAGAGAGGGAGGAGCAGUAUUUUUUGGAAAGACUUAUGAGGAGUUGAGGUCAGCAAUUCCUGUUCCAGCCAGCCAAGUUUCAUCCUUACCCCAGGAGAGUGUGGCGUUUCGUGUAAAAGGUCGAAUUGUACAGACUCUUACCGAACGUUUGGCUAAAGAUGUUAUAUGUGUAAUUGCUGUUAUGGGCAUUUCAGAUAUCAAUAAUGAUCCCCUUGUGUUAAAUGUACCUUCCCAAUGUAAAGUGUCAGAGUACAACAAUGAACAUGUGAUUCAAUAG